AUGUCAGAAGUUUAUACUCAAGUUCAACUCAGCGACGGAGCCAAACUCAACGUCUGCCUCCUCGGCGCCGAAAACAAGUCAAAGCCCUUGAUAAUCUCUCUCCAUGGCGCACCGGGACUCUCGUCACACACCGGCAUAAAAGAGGACUUCAAGUUUCUCUCAGACAGGUUCCGCGUUCUCGUGUACGAUCUUCGAGGUAGUGGAGACAGCGAGGUCAAGGGGCCUUUUACCGAUGAGCAGUGGGUGUCGGAUCUUGAAGAGCUCAGAGCUUGGAUGGGAGACGAAAAGUUCAUACUUGCUGGAGGAUCUUACGGUGGCUUCCUUGCACUGAACUACGCCCUCAACUAUCCAAACCGUCUCCGAGCCUUGAUCCUUCGUAAUACCUGGGCAUGUGGUCCCCAAGGCACACAUCGCGCCCUAGCAAACAUUCUCCUAUCCGACCGCAUCAAUCCCGAUCCCAUGCGCCAAGUAAGGCUCUGGACUGGCAACGUGCAAAGUCGGGAAGAUGCAGAACAAGGCAUGGCCGAGAUUGUCCUCAUCUACACCCCCGAGAGCAAUCCGGAGCCUGAAUCAUUCGAGGGCGCAAGUACCGAACUUCGCUGGGAGGUUCACAACGCUGCGUUCUCUUGGUCACAGCCUCGUUUUGAUGUGAGGUCCAGACUGGUCGAGAUCAAGGUUCCGACCUUGGUGAUUGUUGGAAAACUCGACAUCAUUUGCCCUGUUGAAGAGUCUGAGAUGAUCCAGAGGUGCAUAAAUGGUAGUGAGCUUGUUAUUUUCGAGAAGUCGGCUCAUAAUCCUGCUACCGAUGAGCCGGAGAAGUUUCGAGGGGUUCUCUCGAAGUUCCUUGAAAGGCUUGUGUGGUAA